CUUUUUGCGUGAGAAUUUUUUACCAACUAACCUUGGAAAUAAUUCACAUACUAUAAUCUCAAUACGUCUAGAACCUCCAAAUUGUGCUAAAGUAUAUUUAAUAUAUAAAGAUAUUUGUUCUGACUGA